CUUCGUGACACCGGAAGAAACAUCGAGUAGAAAUGACUUGAUCCGCCAUCUUUCCAUUUUCUUUUAUGACCAGAGUAACAGAGAAUGAAACGGAUGGGUUCCAUGUGUGGAGGAAGAGCACAGACUGCAGGUGCUGCCUCCCACUGAUGUCACCCUGUUUACAAGACAACUCUGUCAGCCAUGGCUGGUCAUCCGCCGUCUGCGACUCAACAGGGAACAGACGCCCAGACAUUCUGGCUCCAGUGGGUUGAGGCAUCGUUUCCUGACCUCGACUCUCGCGCCUACUUCCUGCCUCCUGUCUACUUCAACCGCGUGCCGAUGACUAGACAGUCGGUAGCUGGUCAGAAUGUUCUGGUCCUUCAGUCAGCACCUGGACAGGCUCGUCAGUGCAACAAACAGGGAAUGGGUCCACCUGUUGCUCGUCAGGUUGUCAGUCCUCAGCCUCCUCGAGUUCAGGACAGUGAUGUUAGAGACGAUGCCGCCAUGAAUCGGGUUCUCAUGUGUCUGCAGACAAUGUCUAAACAGAACAAAGAAGUUUUGGUAGGACUUAGUCAGCUGAAGUUCGGACAGUACUUGGGUGAACCUUGUUACUCAGCCGCAGUUGCCCAGUUACCUGUAGCCCUCAGUCUUCCAUCGUGUCUGCCACGAAACUGGAAACAAGGAGACUUUGAUGUACUUCUUCUUCACCGACAUUUUGGUUUGGUCGUACUUGAGGUGAAGACAUUUGGUGACAACCUACAGGAACUGAAAAUGUCACAGCAGGAAAUAGAUAAUCAAAUAAAAAAGAAGCUUAAAGAGGCCGUGUCACAGCUGGACAAGGCGGAGGCGAUGUUGUCUCACCUGGUGUCCGACAUCGCUCCCGGUCUGCGCAUCACUAAGACCAUCGCUUUGCCCAACCUCACGGCUCGUCAAGUACAGAAGGCUAUAGCUGGCGACACCCAAUUGACUCAAACCCUGUGUCAGUGUCUGGGAACAACAUCAGACCCGGCUGACAUCACAGGUGUGUGUCUGUGCUGUGAUCAGUUGUCUGACCCCAAGACACCGUGUGACGUCAGUAGUCACGUGCUGAGGGAACUCGGACACUGGUGGCAGCGACGUGUGGCUGGGGCUGGACCUGACAGUCACAUGACCAACGUCCUGUACAAAACUCUGGUCGCCAGGUUCUGUGGUCCGGCGACAACAGUGACUGUGCCAUGCACAUGUCCUCCACGUGUGAAUGCGACAAGAGUUUUAACAUUGAAAGGGCGACUUUAUGCUCUCGGCAUUUUGCCCCAGAAUGUAUCGCCACAACAGUUUGAGUUUAGGAGUGUAUGA